UUCAUGUCUGUCAACAGGUGAGCAAUUAAUAAGAUACAUUUAUGAAAAAUGAUACUUUGUGGUCAUUAAAAAGAAUAAGGUGAAUCUAAAGUACUGAGUUGUAAAGCAAUCUAUGACACCUGCCUGACACCCUGCUCAGGCAGGGCUUCCCUGGUGGCGCAGUGGUUGGGAGUCCACCUGCCGAUGCCGGGGACGCGGGUUCGUGCCCCGGUCCGGGAAGAUCCCACAUGCCGCGGAGCGGCUGGGCCCGUGAGCCAUGGCCACCGCUGAGCCUGCGUGCCCGGAACCUGUGCUCUGCAACCGGAGAGGCCACAACAGUGAGAGGCCCGCGUACCGCCAAAAAAAAAAAAAAAAGGCUCAGGCAGAGACGCGGCGUGAGGAGCCCUCAGCGACUCCAGUCCAAUCUCGGCCCGGGGUACCCUGGAGGAGGGUCGAAGGCUGGCCGAGGACUCUGCCCACCGCUGGCGCGGGGAGGAGAGCGAGAACCGCCUGAGCCGGGUGUACUUUUCGCGCCCUGCGUUCCCAGGCUGGCCCUCAGCCCGCAGCGCUGAAAAAAGGGGCAGGGGAUCAGAGUUGGCAGGGAGAUCCAGGUGAAGUAGGUUCCUCUGCAGAUCCAGCGCUGUUAAACCCUGCCAACGCACACUUUUUAAAACAUGAAGAAAUUAAGGCUUAGGGAACUAGACAGUCACCUGCAACAAGUGGAUGGAUUCGAAAAGUCCAAGCUCCUUCUAGAACAGCAUCCAACCAGGCCGCACAUUGCAGCAUGUAUGCUCUAUACAAUUCAUAACACACAUGAUGACACUGAAAAUAAAGUCGUUGCAGAUCUAGGAUGUGGCUGUGGAGUGCUUAGCAUCGGAACUGCAAUGCUGGGAGCAGGGUUGUGUGUUGGAUUUGACAUAGAUGAAGAUGCACUGGAAAUAUUUAACAGGAAUGUAGAAGAGCCUGAGUUAACAAAUGUUGACAUGGUUCAGUGUGAUGUGUGCUCAUUAUCUAACAGAAUGUCCAAGUCAUUUGAUACAGUAAUUAUGAAUCCUCCCUUUGGGACCAAAAAUAAUAAAGGGACAGAUAUGGCCUUUCUGAAGACUGCUUUGGAAAUGGCAAGAACAGCAGUAUAUUCUUUACACAAAUCCUCACUAGAAAAUAAAAUAAAAAAGAAAGCUGCAGAACAGAAAAUCAAGAUAGAUAUUAUUGCGGAGCUAAGAUAUGACCUGCUGGCAUCAUACAAGUUUCAUAAAAGAAAAUCGCUGGACAUUGAAGUGGACCUAAUUUGGUUUUCUUUUUAAAAGCCUCCAAAGAGAGAAGCAGCUUAAAAUCUAAUUAAAAUGAAUAAAAAAUGUUUACUAAAAAAAAAA